AUGAUUGCAAUCAUAACGUUGUUUCAUUUGAUGUUACACAGUAUACUGUACAUGAAACGUGAUGGAUGGGAUUAUGGUUUGAAUCUCAACAACAACAACAACAGCUUCAAAAACGAAGCUUGGGGUCACAACAACAACAACAGCUUCAAAAACGAACCUUGGGGUCACAACAACUUCAAAAACGAAGCUUGGGGUCACAACAACUUCAGAAACGAAUCUGCUUGGAGUCAUAGGAACAGCAACAGUUUCAACAACAAGAAGGUUGAGAAUUGGAACUGUAAGGAUCAGGGAAGAGAGAGCAGAGAGUGGAGAAAGAGGAGAGCAGUGCCGCGUGGAGGAGACAGGGUGGAGGAUUGUCGAUGGAGGAAUGGGAGAGGGAGAGGGAGAAGCAGAGGUGGGUUUCAGCAGCAUUCCAAUGGUUGGGGCUGGACUGAGUCCUUCUGA